AUCUUUUCACUGCUCUGCCCUUUUCCAGCCAGCACCGUGUGGCGAGCAGACCUGCGGCCGCCAUCUCCUCUCCUCCUCGCGCCCGUUUUUCCCCCAUUUUCCCUUUCUGUGGAUUACUAACACUGGGAAACUAGUCACCUUCACCCUCGACACUCCUUUCAUCAUGGAUCCCAACACCAUUAAAGAGGAGCUGCGCCUUUUCCAGAGCACCCUGUUGCAGGACGGACUGAAGGAGCUGCUGAAUGAGAAUCGCUUCGUGGACUGUACCCUGAAAGUGGGCGACCGCUGCUUCCCCUGCCACCGCCUCAUCAUGGCAGCAUGCAGCCCUUACUUCCGGGAGCUCUUCUUCACCGAGGACGGCAAGGAGCAGGUGGACACCAAGGAGGUGGUCCUGGAUGACGUGGACCCCAACACCCUCGACAUGAUCGUCCGCUACUUGUACUCGGCCGAGAUCGACCUGACCGACGACAACGUGCAGGCCAUUUUCGCCGUGGCCAACCGCUUCCAGAUCCCUUCUGUCUUUACUGUAUGUGUCAACUACCUGCAGCAGAAGCUCUCGCUGGCCAAUUGCCUGGCCAUCUUCCGGCUGGGCCUGGUGCUCAACUGCCCCCGUCUGGCCGUUGCCGCCCGGAACUACAUCGCCGACCACUUUGACAGCCUGUCGGCUGAGGAGGAGUUCCUUCAGCUUGCGGCCCACGAGCUGUUCGCCAUCAUCGGCACAGACUCGCUCAAUGUGGAGCACGAGGAGCAUGUUUUUGAGGCGCUGAUGCAGUGGGUGCGCUGCGACACGGAGAAGCGCACCAAGGUCCUCGGUGAGGCCUUCGACUGCGUGCGCUUCCGCCUCAUGCCAGAGAAGUACUUCCAAGAGAACGUGGAGACCGACGACCUUAUCCAGGCCGACGCAGAGCUCAUGAAGAAGGUGCAGGAGAUCAAGGAUGCGUUUGGUGGGAAGCUCCCCGAGAAGACCAAGAAGAAGAAGGCAGAGGGAGAGGGCGACCAAGCCGGGAAAGAGGAAGAGGAAGAGGAGGAGGACCUGUUGCCAGGAUACCUAAGUGACAUCCGCAGACUGGGCAUGUACACGCGGAACCUGAUCGUCAUGGUGAAUGACACAGCCGCUGUGGCGUACGACGUGAAUGAGAAUGAGUGCUUCCUGGCCGCCGCGUCUGAGCAGGUACCUCGUAACCAUAUCAGCGUCUGCACCUCGAAGAACCAGCUCUACAUUCUGGGCGGUCUGUUCAUAGAUGAGGACAACAAGGAGAAGCCAUUGCAGGUUUACUUCUAUCAGUUGGAUACACUGACAUCUGAAUGGGAGGCUCUGCCCCCCAUGCCUUCUCCCAGGUGUCUGUUUAACGUCGGCGAGUAUGAGAACCUGCUGUUUGCCAUUGCAGGAAAAGACCUGCAGAGUAACGAAUCCGUGGACACUGUCAUGUGCUUUGACACUGAUAAGAUGAAAUGGAGCGAGACAAAGAAACUUCCCCUGAGGAUCCAUGGGCAUUCUGUGGUCUCCCACAAAGGCCUGAUCUACUGCAUUGGAGGAAAAACAGAUGACAACAAAGCCAUCAACAAGAUGUUUGUGUACAAUCACAAGCAGUCUGAAUGGAGGGAGCUGGCAGGCAUGACGCUGGCCAGAGCCAUGUUCGGUGCUGUCAUUCACAAGGGGAACAUCAUUGUAAGUGGAGGGGUGAAUGAGGAAGGCCUUACCGCAACAGCUGAAACCUAUGACUUCACCACAAACAAAUGGGAGCCAUUCAUAGAGUUCCCUCAGGAGAGAAGCUCAGUAAACUUGAUGAGCAGUGGAGGAACACUGUAUGCAGUCGGUGGGUUUGCCAUCAUGGAGCUUGAAAACAAACAAGUUGGCCCAGCAGAGGUCACCGACGUCUGGCAGUAUGAGGAGGAGAAAAAGCAAUGGAGUGGUAUGCUGAGAGAGAUGCGUUAUGCUGCUGGCUCCUCCUGUGUUUCUAUGCGCCUAAAUGCAGCCAGAAUGCCCAAACUUUGAAACCUGGCAUCCAAUCACAACCUUCUCACCUCUUGACCCCAAGAGCCCAGCUGCCUGGAGUCAUCCCUCUGUGGUCUUUUAAAAGAGAGAGUAGAGGAAACUCUCCAGCCUGUUAACCAGGGUUGAGAAGCUCUCUUGACACAACAUUACCACACAAAUUCUAUAGCGACAGCCUAUCUAUAUGAUGUCAAAAAGCCUGCAAUGUUUCCCAAGUCUUUUAAAUGGAAAAAUAUAUACAUACUCACCGAUAGCCAUCACAAACUGGAUGUGGAAAAUGGGACUACUGUGAUGUUUUAGGGUUGAAUUUUCUCAGGUUCAUUUCUGUACAAUAAAAUAACAACAUUCAA